UUGUCAAAUGGCCCUUCAUCGUGUCAACCAGAAAAGCCUCGAUCGACGUGGUCCAACCUCCAUUGCACCUACAAGCAUUCACCACUUCAUUCACCAGGACGACUUAUCUUAACGCCCGGCCUUAGAUCCAUCCUAACUUGGGCCAGUCAACCACAGGCCCGAAAGGAUGACUGCUCGUCCAUCGAUCUACCUGUACAUUCAACAGGUGUCUUUGCGCACCCAGUGCCCAGAUUGCCUACUCCAGCCGGGACCAGAGUAGGGAAGUCGGGUCAUUGGGAAGAUAGGACAUGUGAGCAGGCGGUGACCUUAGCCGUUAGAUCUGGGCAUAUUGCUGUCCCCUGGUUGACCGAUAUGGCCGGGCACCCGCAAAUUUUGCCAUGA